AUAUAACACCUUUAAAAACUAUGAGUGGUUCAACUUCAUAAAAGAACAAAAAAGACAUCAAAUCAAAAAAAAAAAAUUGUGGAUGAAAUGAAAGAAGCAAGGAGAAUUAUACUCUCCUAACUAUGGUAUCAAAAAUUAACACAAUAAUACACUUAAUUUUCUAUCAAAAAAAAAUAUAUAUAUACUUGAUAUUAUCAUCAACAAACAAGAAAUAGAAGAAGUGAAGUGAAAUAGUAUGGUGGGAAGAAGUGUAGCAAAUGAUAUAAAGAAUAGAAUGAGUAUGGUAAAGGAACGGUUGAUGGAGAAGCUAGCUGCUGCUUCGGUACCGUCCGAGGCGUUGGAGAACGCUAGGCUUUACUUUGAGUCUGUGAUCAAGGAUGUUACUACGGCGGCGCAAGGUCUUACUAAGGAGGCGCUUCAGAGGAUCAAGUCUCAUCUUGCUGAUAUUAUGCCUUCUCUAUCCCCUUCUCUCACAUCUAAGAUGGUAGAUGACGCCGAGGAAGAAGCAACAACAGUAGAAAGCAGAGCAGCCGAAGGCAAAGAAUUCGAGGGUGAAAGCAAUGAGGAGCUUAAAAGCAAAGCCUAUGCUUCUCCUGUAUCAUCUUUCUUUUCUAACUAUCUAAUUAAGCCCACUUCAAAGCUCUAAGGGUCUAUAUACGAAUAUUGUAAGAAUCCUAUGGUACUAAUAAAGCUAAAUAACAUGCACAUCAUGUUUACUUCUUAUUUC